AUGUCAAACAAUAAAAUUGAAUUUUAUGAACAAUCGUUGGAGGAGAAUAAAAAGAAGGAACCUUUUUCAGAUUUAAAAAUAUAUAUGAACGAUGAAAAUGUGUGUUAUGUUUCAACAAAUAAAUUAUAUGAUAUACAAAACAAAAAUGAUAUGAUAACUAAAAAUAAAGAAACGUAUAAUAAUAUGAAUGUUAUAUAUAAUAAAAAUGAAGAGAGAAUAAAAGAUGAAUCAAUACAUUUCAAUGAUCAUGUUAAUAAUGGUGUGGACACGGAUUUUUUUUAUAAUGAAUGCAGGAAUAGAACAUAUAAUAAUAUACAUAAUAAUAAUAAUAAUAUACAUAAUAAUAAUAAUAUACAUAAUAACAAUAAUGAUGAGAAGAAUAAUUCUUUUUAUAACUGUUUUAACUGUAACAGUGAUAUAAAUAAAGAUAAUGGUGUAUCAGUUAGUCCAUAUAGUAAUAAUAUAUACAUGAAAAAUGAAGAUUAUAAAGAUGAUGAAGAGGAAGAUAAAAAUGAAUCGACAACAAAUUCAAUUGAUAAAAUCUUAAGAAAUAUUCAAGAUGAUAUUUUAUUCAAAAGUAAUGAUAGCAAAACGUUGGAACAUUCUUUUAAAUAUAAUUUAUUUGAAGAAUAUAAUUAUCCUCAUACACAUAGAGAGAAAGAGGAAAACAUGUAUGAACCUAAAGAAGACAUAAAUAAAAAAAAAAAAAAAAAUGAUACAAAUCAAUUUAUAUAUAAUAAUGAAUACACACAUGAUGAAAAUAUGUAUAAGGCAUACAUCUGGUAUGACAAGAAAAAAUAUCUUUUUUUUUGGAAUAAAAAUAUAAAUGCUGAAGAUAUGAAAGAGAAUCUUCUGACCUUUUGCAAGAAACUUACAAGAGAACAUUUUUAUCUUGUUCUUAUUGAAAAAAUAUCAUAUGAAUAUAAUAAUAGCUAUCUUCAAAUAUAUGAAGAUGAUAAUUUAAAAAAUAAAAAUUUAGAUAUAGAUAAUAUUGAACAAGAAAAAGAUUCUAUAUUAUCAUGUGAAGGUAACCAUAAUAUUAUAACCCUCCCAUAUGAUGACAAGAAAAUAAUGUACUAUAAAAAAAUAGGUGAUCAUAUAUAUAAUUAUAAUUGUUUUGAUAAAAUUAAAAAUGAAAAGGAAUAUUUAAUAAUUAAUCAUAAAAUAAAAGAUAUUAAAAAAAAUGAAACAAUAAAAGAAAAUAACAUAUUAGAAAACAAAACAUUGGAUGACAAAAUAUUGGAUGACAAAAUAUUGGAUGACAAAAUAUUGGAUGACAAAAUAUUGGAUGACAAAACAUUGGAUGACAAAACAUUGGAUGACAAAAUAUUGGAUGACAACAAAUUGGAGGAGCCUCUAAAAUUUGCAGAAGUACUUAGAGCUAUUGAAUAUACAAAAGAAGGUUGUAAUUUAUUAAAGCUGACCGUUUUUAAUAUUCCUCAUUUAAGAUAUUUUUUUGUAAGUAAAGAUCUAAAUUAUAUCAAGUGGUAUUCAUCCAGAAAACUAGAUGAUCAAUGUAAGAUUUAUUUUAAUGAUAUAAAUAGUUUAGAAAUAAAUUAUAAAAAUAAUAAAUUAUUUGAACACUAUAAAAUAGAUAUUUUAAAAAAAUUAUCCUUUUGUAUUGUAUAUAAUAAUGAAAAAAAAAAAAUUAUUUUAACAUGCAAAAGUUUUUGUGAAUAUCAUUACUGGUUAACAGCUAUCAGGGCUUUGAUGUUUAAAUCUAGGAAGCUAAAAAUUAGUCGAAAUAUUUUAUUUUCUCAUUUGAAUGAUUCGUUUUUUAUAUCAGAACAAGAUGAUAUCAUCAAUAAAAGGAAUAGUCAUAAAGAUAUAAAUGAAUCUGAUUUAAAUGAUAGAAAACAUGGAGAACAUAUAAAUUCUAUUUUUCAUGACAAUUGUAAUAAUAACAUAGUUAUAGUUAAUAAGGAACAAAACAUAUGCAAUAAUACAUCUUCUUGUUGUUAUAAAAACAAGGAUAAAGAAAAUAACGUUUAUACAUCCUAUGAACAGAAAAUUAGAACAAUAUAUGCAUGUGAUAAACAAAAUUGUGAAGAUACUAAUAUGAAACAAUUAAAAUCAUUUCAUCUUUAUAAAUUAAUAUCUUUUCCAGAUUAUAAUAUUUAUCAGAUUAAAACAAAGUUUUAUUUAUUAAAGGAAAAAUUUUAUAAAUAUAAAAUAUUAAUAGAGCAGGCUUUAGAUGACUUUAUUAUAAAAACAGAAAGAGGAAAUACAAAUAAAUAUAAUGUUAUAAAUAUUACACAAAAUACUGAUGAAAUAGUAGGAAGAAAUAUAUCAAAUGGGGAAUAUAUAAAUGUGCACAGAAAUAAUAAACAUGAACAAGAUAAUGACUACAUAAAUGAGAAUGAUCAUAUAAAUAUUUAUAGAUAUAAUAACAGAAAAAGUAAUAAAAAUAAACGUGAGGAGAUAAAUAAAAAUAUAUAUGAAGAAGAUAUUUUUAAUCAUGAUUAUUAUAAUGAAUCAAAUAUAUUAAAUUCUUCAAAAUUAAAAGAAAAAAAAAAUAAAAAUAAAAAUAAUAUUCAUUGCCCAAAUGAAGAUCAUAUUGUUAAUAUAUAUGAUCAUAUAAAUACAUCUUACCCUAAUGAAGAAGAUUCUGAUCAUUUCAAAUUAUUUUUAAUUAUUAAAAUAUUUAAUAAGAUAAGUAAUAAAUUAAAAGACAUACAAAAAAAUAUUUUCCAUGUUGUUCAACUUAUUGAUAAUGAAAAGUUAGAUCAAAAUAAAAAUCAACAAACAAAUUUAUUUUCAUUUGAUAAUCUUUUAAAAUAUAGUACAGAUAUAUAUAGAGUAUUACAAGAAAAAUUUUCACAACAUGAAAAUAAAGAAAUUAUAGGACAACAAAAAGAUCUAUGUAACUUGAAUAAUGAACAAGCACACAAAGAAAUAAAUAUGCAUCAUAUGAAAAAGCUAACAAAAAUGAAAUAUAUAAAUAAUAAUAAAAGAAACAACAACAAUAAUAAUGAUAAUAAUGAUAAUAAUAAUAAUGAUCAUAAUAAUAAUAAUAAUAAUGAUGAUAAUAAUAUUUAUAAUGCAACUUUUGAUGGUAAUACAAAAAAGGAUAUAACAAAUUAUAAUCAACAAACAAUUAUAUAUACUGAUGAACAUAAUAAUUUAUUAUUAUCAAAAGGGAAGAAAAAAGAAUAUGGUUAUAAAAAAAAAAAAUUAAUUCAUCAUAUUCUCUUCCAAUUGUGGAUGUGCGAAGUAGAACUUGGAAAUAUUGAUGAUAUUUAUACUGUAUAUAUCAAUAAUAUAAAGAAACAAAAUAAUAGCAAUAAUAUAAAUAAUUUUCUUAUCAAUUUAGAUACCUCUAAAUUUAUAAAUUCCAUAUCCUCACAAUUAUCUGCAACCAUAUUGAAAUAUAUUAAUUUAUGA